AUGAGCGUAUCAACACCACAGUUUAACUUUAGACCAUAGUAGCCUUAAAAUAAUAACUUCGGUUAAUAAAACAAUACAGGAAGUAAUUAGUUUGGAUAAUAGUCUAAUUCCGGAUCCAACUAAACAACUUAGUUUAGGCCAACUGGAUUCACUGGAACCUAAACAAACACAAGUGGAUCAACUUCGGGCUUCUAAUUCCGACCAAUUGGGUCAGUUGGCACUUCAUCAUCAAUUGGCUUUAAUCCUUCUGGAAACUCUGGAUAAGCAAAUACCUCUACUGCUUUUAGACCGACUGGUUUUACAGGAACAAGUUUCCAAACAAGCACCUCAACCUCUGGUUUUAGACCUUAAGGGACUACAGGCUUUAACUUUAACAGCAGUGCUACUGGAAACACAACUUAAAAUUAGCAAUUAAAUUUUCAGCAAUAGAUGCAAAGUAAUCCCUAUGGUUUGAGUUAGACUAACUAAGGUUUAAGCUUUUAAGCAAGACCAACUGCUCCAAAUAACCAAUAGUAAAACCAAAUGUACUCAGGCAAUGCUUAAAAUUCACAGUUUUCAUUAACUGGUCGUGACCCUAUCCAUGAAAAUGAGAUACUUUAAGAGUUCAACAGAUUCCUCAAGUACUGUAGUCCCAAUUCUUAUGAAAAUGUCCUAGCUAGUUACUUAUAUAACAAAGUACCAUCUGACAUUGAUUCACAUCAUAGAGCUCAGUUUAUACAUUAGGCUCUUGCCUAGGAAUAUAUGAUGGGCCCUAUCCUCAAUAACUAGCAGUAGUUCUAUCCUGUUUAGAGAGAUAUCAUAAAUGAAGGAUAGUAGUAGAAUCCAGAUAAGGAAAAUAUCUACCCUAUCUAGAUCUCUACAUUUUAAGAGCUUAAGCAAAGGCAAACAAUGUUAAAGGAGCAUUCUAAAUAAAUAAUUGAGGAACUAAAUAAACAAAUGAAAUAAACAGAGGAUAUGGGCUAAGGCUUUGUAGAUCUUUUCUUAAAUGAUGCCCAAAAGAUAAAUUCGUAAAACACCAAGAUAAUUCUAAAAUACUUUAAAAUAAUUUAGACAGUCAAUACUCUUAGCUUACACGUGCGAGAUAAUCUUUACAGAAAGGGUGAUAAAGUUGCACUUAAAAAGAACAUACAAGUUAUUAGUGACAUGAUAGACUCUUGCUUAUUAAAAUUGCUGCCUGAAAGCGAAGAUGAUAAUGGCAAGUUAAUCCAGAACUCAUAGACUGUAUCAAUUGGCAAAGAUCUAAAGUUAAUGAUUUAAGGAGUUAAUAGCAAACUAUUUAAGAAGUAAAAAGAGGUACAGUAGAAACUUAUGAAAGAGGAAUUAGAUAAAUAUGAACAAACUGAGGAAGCGAAAAAGCUUAAGGACUCACUACUUAGAAGUAUUAAAACCAAUAAUAAAGCUCUUGAUGUGUUAGUAAAGUAAUUUAUAGAGAAUAAGACCUCAUUACAGAUUAUUUAGAAUUAUCUUGAAAUGGAAGAUUGA